CAGAAACAUAAUAAUUUUAAUAGCAUUUUGGCUUGAUUUUAUUUGCUUGUUUGUGUUUACUUUUAUUGUUUUUAGUUUUUAUGCUGUCUUACCCUUUUAAGUAAGCUCCUAACACUGUCUUCAGUUUUCUCUUUUAGGAUAGCACUUAAGAAUUUUCUUUUCAUAAUGUAAUAGUUACUGCUAUAGUUCUCAAAUUCUCAUUCCAAAAACAUGAGAAUUUUUAUGAGGAAACUGGACUUUUAAUUCCUUCUUUUGUUGAUACCAUUUGUCAGGUCAGAUUAUUAAACUUUACUGGCCUGUGUGAAAGAAACAUGGACAAAGUCCCAGCCUGUCUCAUGAUCGGGUAUUUAUAGGGAGCUAUUAAUGGACAUGGGCUCUACAGAGAUCAUUUGCAAUCCUGAAAAUAUCACUUUCAACUUAAUAAUUACUUCUUCAAAGUGUGAGGUCUUCCCUCUUUCAGAAGGUGAGGAAAAACACUAUAUUUUCUCAAUUCAUAGGAAAAUUAGUAGUCAAUUUGCUAAAAAGAAGUAGUCUAGACUUAAAAUGUUUCUGUACUCACUGUGCCAUAGUAUAAUCCAUUACUAACAGUCUGUAUAUGUUGCUAAUAAUAUUUCUCUUCUUUGCUACAUGUGCUAUUACGGAGCAAGGUCUUGCAAUGACACAUUAGGUGGAUCAGGUAACAAAUUAAAUGCUGCAGGUUUGCUGUGAAUUACUGCUGCCCAACUUUAGGAUGUUUCUAGAAUUACUCCAAACUUUGUAAGUGGCAUGUUAACAACUUCCUUAAUUUUACUGUGCUCAUUCAUUUUGCCAAUUUGUCUAUUUGCUUUCAGUUUUACUUAUUUAUUUUAUUUUAUUUUUCCCUGUAGUUUUGAGGGUUUCUUUCAGGCCAGCUGUCUUGGAAGACAGAGGUGGAUGUUUUGAUAAGGUAAAACAGAUGAGAGGUUUGAGCCUAACAGACCAUCUGUGUUUUUAACCUAUAUAGCAUGUAGCUGAAUAUACAGAAGGACAGUGGGACUGCUUAAUAGUGUACAUCUACAUCCAUUAUGCUAUUUAGUGGUCAGUUUGAUCGUUAAUAAUUUGUUAUUAUUUCUUCUUAGAUUUUAACAUUUAGACCUAAUAUAGUACCAAUUGGAUUUAAUUCUAUGCUCCACUGUUUGUCUUGCAAUCUUUAAUUGAACCCUUUCAAUAUGGAGAAGUUCUAUGUGUUUGGAUUUUGGGGUUUGUUUUGUUUGGUUGGUCUUUUUUAAAUAAUGCUAUUCUUAAGCUUUUUUGUGUUAUUAACUCAAUUGGGGUUACACCAGUGUGUUUUAUUUCUGCUUGUAUUUGGAUAUAUACUGUUGCAGUAUUUUGGAUAUAUCCCUUAAAAGUAUCAGAAGCAAACAGGCAUGCAUGGAUGGAGGCAGAAUUGUGAGUUUAUCUGUUGUAAAAAGCAGUAGAUUUGGUACAUAAGGUGGUGAAGUUGGUGUUUUUCCAAGUAUGUUUGAUGUUGUUUCAGUUGGAUGGCUGGUGCACAUAAUAGCACAAAUCUGCAAUACUUUCCUGACUACCAAAUAUUGCCCUAACAAUGUCUUUGUUGAAACAGUUUGAACAAGAGCUAUUAUUAAAAAAUUUCAUGUCCUUCACUUGCCCUUCCCUUCCAGACAUGCUGUGAACAAACAGGAAAAACAUCCUGUGUUUUAUUGCACAUUUGUUUUCCCAGUAAGGAAACAUCAGAGCUUGAUUGUGAUGAUAUUUGAGUGUCUAAAUGACUUAAGUGGGAAUGACUGUUUAUCUAAAACCAAAGUUUUACCUGUUUUUGUUACUUUCUAGGAAGCAAAGCCAGAACAAGUAGCUAUUCUGUGUGUUCAGUCUGUGGAACAGAGAAAAAAGCUGGGACGUGCUACAGAAGUAGAAAACCUUUACUCUGUUCUAAAUAGAAUAAUUCUGCAGUGCAAACCUAAACCCUUGGGAGAAGGCUGAAGCUCGAGAUGGAAGUUCCAAUUCAUUUAUUUUAAGCUGUGUUCUCUUGAAACUGUAACAGUGACUGCUGUUUCUGUUACUUCAGAUUGAACCUGAAGAUUUAACAUCUGCUUCCAAUUAAAAAGCAGUGUUUCCCUACACAAAGUGAUCCAGGUUGUGCUGGUUUGCCAUGUAUAAUUCUGUGUAUAUGUUUGAUGACAAUUCUGAUGAAGAAAUCCCUACCCAACGAGCUAUUCAGGAAAGCUUACAAGAGAGACAUAAAAUUGAAACAAGUGGCUGUGCAACAGAGGCUGAAAGUUUCCAGUCUACUGCAAGUGAAGAACAUGGAAAGAUAAUUGCAGCAAUUCAGACAGGCCAAGAAGAGGCCUUGAAGAAGUUGGUGAAGCACAGUUCUGCCUUUGAAGAAGCAGAUGAGCAAGGUUGGCUUCCUGUGCAUGAGGCUGCAGCACAGCUAAAUAAGAACAUCCUUGAAAUAACUAUGAAAGCCUCCCACGCCGGUACCUGGGAACAGACAACUCUAAAAGGGGAAACGCCUCUGCUGGUGGCAGUAAGGAAUUGCUUUGUGGACAAUGUCUGCUUGCUCCUGAUCAAUGGCUGCAAUCCCAACGUUAAGAAUGAAGAGGGAGAUUCUCCUUUAGUUAUAGCAAUUAAACAGGAUUCCUAUGAGAUUGCCUCCUUGUUGAUAAGAUCUGGUGCCAAAGUGGAUUUGCAGUGUGUCCACAAGAGAACUGCUCUACACGAGGCAGCCAGACUGGGCAGGAAGGAUCUGGUAGAGCUUCUCCUUCAUUCUGGAGCAGAUCCUGACCCUCGCAGUGGAUAUGGGCUCACACCUCUAGCACUGGCUGCACAGAUGGGACACACAGAAAUUAUGGAGCUCUUACUGCGAAAAGGUGCAGAUGUUCUUUCACAGGCAAUGGAUUGUGCUUCUGUAUUAUUUGAAGCAGCAGGAGGAGGAAAUCCAGAUUCUGUGAGUCUUUUACUAGAAUAUGGGGCUGAUGCCAAUGUACCAAAGCACUCGGGUCAUUUGCCAAUCCACAGAGCUGCAUAUAGAGGACACUUUCUAGCCCUAAAAUAUUUAGUUCCAGUUACUGAUUUUGCUGCCAUUAAAGAAAGUGGGAUAAGUCCAGUUCACUCAGCAGCAGCAGGAGCACAUCCACAGUGCCUUGAGUUUCUCCUCAAGUCUGGGUUUGAUGCCAAUUUUAUGCUGGAUCAGCGAGUUCGUAAAGGCUACGAUGACCACCGCAAAUCAGCCCUGUAUUUUGCUGUGUCCAACGGGGAUCUCUGUUCCACACGGCUGCUGCUGAACGCCGGAGCCCUGACAAACCAGGAUCCCAUCAACUGCCUGCAAAUCGCCCUGAGAAUGGGCAAUUACGAGUUAAUGAACCUGCUGCUCCGCCACGGGGCCAACGUGAAUUACUUCUGCAGAGUGAACACCACGCACUUCCCCUCGGCGCUGCAGUACGCCCUGAAGGACGAGGUCAUGCUGAGGAUGCUGCUCAACUACGGGUACAACGUGCAGCGCUGCUUCGACUGCCCCGGGGGAAACCACUGCCACUCGCAGUAUGUCACUGACGGCUGGACCUCCACUGUCAUCAAAGACACGAUGUUCUGUGAAGUGAUAACCUUGUCCUGGCUGAAGCACGUGUCUGGGAAGGUAGUGCGAGUGAUGUUAGACUACGUUGAUCACGUCAAGAUCUGCUGGAAGCUUGAAGCAGUUCUCAAAGAACAGAAACUCUGGCCGGACAUCCAUUUCAUUUUAACAAAUCCUCGCUCUCUGAAGCAUCUCUGUCGUCUGAAGAUCCGGGAAUGCAUGGGCCGGCUGCGUCUCCGCUGUCCUGUCUUCAUGACCUUCCUUCCACUGCCAAACUGCCUGAAAGACUACAUACUGUACAAGGAAUAUGACCUUUAUGGACAGGAAAACUUCACAGGAAUCUACAACCUCAGCUGUACAUAGGUAUUAGCUCUAUAUUUUGAAGGGAAUGUUAUCAUGGAUAAGACUGUUGUGCAGCUGCUUUUUUCUUUGGGGAUUUUAUCUCCUAUGUGCAUUAAGGAAUGCCAGCAUUCCCCCCUUGCCCCCUGAAGAAACUGGGGAAGAACCCCAAAAUAUUUUGAGCCUCCAGAUUCACCAAAAGGAUUUGUGCGUCUAUUAAAAAAUGAAAACAUUAAACCAGGAGUCAGAUUACAGGAGCCACUCAUGGAUAAUGUAGUAGUCUCAUGCUGUGUCAAAUACCAACAUGUAAUGAUUUCAGAAACUUGUAAUCUGGAGGAAUAUGAAUCUGGAGUAUGGUGAAUCACCAGAACAGGCAAUUUAAUCAGGAACUUUGCUUGGCCAGGCAGAUCUUCACUAACUGGAGAUAUUAUGUCAAACUGUAUAGGAGUGUCAGGGGCAACAAGUGAAUCCAAGGAAAGUGCUGAUAAAGCUGCUGAGUCAGAUCCCAGUGACCCUGUGCUGCUGGUACGAGCUGCAGGAGGACGAGAUUGUCUACAACAAAACCAAAACAUCAAAAUGAGAGAUAGCUAAACCACAGAGGAGACCAAUGCAAUAUUCUAGAACUUAGAUGUAAAACAAAGCAAAAACUGAAAACCUGAAAAUCAGGGUACAGUAAACAAAAACAGAGUCUAUGUUCCUAUCAAAUUUAAGUAAGUUAAAGUUACUACUUGCAUUAAUAAUUGCAUCAGAUUGUUUUAACAUUAAUAUAUAAUCAAUACAAUCUGAGGUCUGCUUCCAGGAGUUGAAAACUCUCAUUCUGAAAUCACACAAUGAACCAGACAUACGAUGCAGCCACCAAAGGUGUCAGCCACUGGCAUCAGGAUUGCCUGGAACAGUGGAUCCUGAACAAUGGUAGGAAGACUUUCCUAAAAGAUUCUCUGAUGGGAGUGAGGGCAUAUCAUGAUGAGAUUCAUGACUAGUGCUGGCUGCAGACACUGUUCCUGGCAGCAGCUGUGGCAGCUACAAGGAAGUGGAUGGGGUAGGUCUUUUUCUCCAUUUUCUUACUUGCAGGGCAGUACAAAAUCUUGCAAUGGAUUUCAGUACAUCAACCUUCAUGAAGUACUUUUACAUCUUCUUUCAGACCUACAGGUUUCAGAAUCUGAAAUUACCUGAGCUUGCAUAUAUCCUAGCAAGGGCUCCAGCAGAGAAAUUUUCUUUUUGUACUGGAGAGUAUUUAAUGCACAGAAGUAAUGCAUCAUAGUCUGAUGCUGUUUUUUCCUAGAAGUAUAUACAUCUUCUGUAACUUCAGCCUUGAUCUGAAGGGACACAGACAGAAGAAGGGAAAAAAGUAAUGUUUGAGACUUGGCGUUGAUCACAUGCCUUCUGAACAGUUUUAUAGACAGCAUGGAAAAACAAGUCAUGUUCUACCCUCUAUCACCAGCAACUGCAUAUUUUACUCUGCAAUUCUGCAUCUCUAAUUUAUAGAUGAGAUACAUGAAAAACAAAUACAGCAUUCUUUUCUCCAUGAAAAGUAUGGUUAUUUCUUUUCAAAACCAAAUUGAAUAUGGCAUCACAAUUUUAACCCUAAAGCAUUAUCAGUUUUACAAGACAGGUAUGUAUAUGUUGGGGAAACCUGCUUUUCUGUCUAGGCUGCUAAAACAUAAACUAUCAAAUGACAGGUGGAAUCUGCCAUACACUGUCUUGCAUCACAAAUACAUAUAAGAUUAAAAUUAUUUCUUAUCUCCUCUAAAAAUCUUUAUAUUAAGUAUUUUGUUUUACAAACCUUUUCAUUUUCCCUUCUUUUUGACAACCGACUGUAUCUGGUAAUGGCAGCAUCGUGGUCUGCAAUUAGGAGAGAAUUUAUGAUCAUUUUGAUAAACUAAUGACUUAUGAAACAGAGCAGAAAUCCUUUUAUAUCACUGUGUCAGACAGACAGAUGAUUGCAAAGUUCUGUCAUAUUAACACCUUCAGGAACUGUUCUUGUCUGUUUAUAAUCAUUUCACUGCUAUGAAAACCUGGGCUGAGGAAAGAUUCCAACCAGACACGAACGUCACCAAAUUGUUACAAACUGCCCUAAACAUCCACUCUUCCUCAAAGACAGAAUUUUUCUGCAGAAUAAGACACAACUGUCACAAAAAUCAGAAGCUGGAAGCACCUUAUGCCUGCACACAAGAAGUCACCUGUAUCACCAGCAGGGUUGAAGAACCAUGUCACUAAUUCUUAAUAUAUAACUUGAAAAUGGUCAUCUUGGACAGAAGAUAAGUGCUUCCAUAAUGAAACAUCAUUGCAUCUGCAAGCUGAGUUGAAAGUACUGCAUGGCAAGAGCUGAGCUGAAAAAGAGAAGAAAAAGAACGAAAUCUUAGGAAAACAGUGCUCAGACCAAAUCCAAUCAUGGUAUGAUACCUGCUGCAUGCCAAAGAAUCUUAUCCAAGCUCAGCCUCACUCCUACUGUCAGCCUCUCUCCAGGUUAAUACAUUUUCAGAAAGGAAAGGACCAAGGGAGAUGAACAACUGUGUUAAAAAGUUGAAACUGCAGCAACUACUGGAACCACUGUGGUACAUCCCUAAGGAAAAGGGUAAAGAUGAGUGGUAUUAAAUGGCAUGCCAGGAAUACAGGUUCCUUCUGCAGUGAGAUCCAAAUAAAGGCUGUGGUUUUCCCAUACUGUCCAACCUGCACGAAGACAGCUGCUGGCUGUGCUUGGACCUGUAAUUCACCUGUGCAAUAACCACCAAUUCUGUGAUCAAAAGGUUGAGGAACUAAACCCCACACCAAACCAAACAAUACAACCUGCAUCUGGUUGUCCUCAAGACAAGUGUUUUCACCACUGAAAGGGAGUGAAAAGAUCUGUCCUUUUGUCCUUAUCUCAGCUUGUCAGUCUGUCUGUUCCUUAGCUGGUGUCACGCACAAGCCUGAUGACUCUGUGUUCUAUUGCACUGCCCACAUCACUGAUGAAGGUGCUUAACAGCAUCAACCUCAAAAAUCAACCUCACUGUCCACCUAUUAGACUUCAAAACACUGAUCUCUAUCUGCCAGCCCACCUAUUCAGCCAGUUUUUCCACUCAGGUCAGUCCAAACCUCUCCCUUUGGCCAGAAGAAGUUACCAGAGAGCGUGUCAGAGUCCUUGCACAAGCCGAGUGACACCCCCUGCUCUCCCUGUGCUGGAAUGACUGACUGACAGGUGACUCAGGUAUAAUCUGCCCUUUAAGCUUAAAUGAGAUGCUGACUCGGUGUUCUUGCAUCCUUUUUGCACUUGGAAGCAAAGUUACUUCUCACUACAAGGAUACUGAAGGGCUUCCUUCCACCGAGACAGAAAGCCCAGAGGGGGAAGAGCAGAAGAUGUUCCUAUAACUCUGCACAGGCUCCACUGGCUUUUCCUAUUCUAAAACAUUGGUUGGGAUGCUUGGAUGUAGAAACAGGAGUAUUGCUUGCAAGAGCCACAACAGAAACACUUUAGUAAUGUUUUAGCAAAAAGACUGUGCUUUGGUUUUAGGUUUACAUUAAAAUUAAUGCCCAGACAGAAGACUGAAAGAAUCUUAAGUACGUAAUUGGGGUUUUUCCCAAAUUAUGAUUGUUAAACACUUGAAAUUGGAAAUUCUUAGUCUUCCCUAGGCUGAAUAACUGUGGUUUCCUCAAAGAGGAGGGGAAGGAACUAAUGGGGCCUGGGAAAAGAAUAAAAGACUGGUAGACUUUAAUGCUGGUUCUAGCUUAUAAAACAAGUGGAAAGGGGAGAUAGAGAAGGAAAGAGGUGGAGAAGAACUCAAAUCUCUGCCAGGUGUGGCAACAUGUGUCAUCCUAACAGCCAUGACUCUCCCAUUAAAGGAGACAGACAUGAAAGAAUGCAAAAGAAAAAAUUACAUGGUACUAUACCCACUGAAUUAUAUACUCAUGACCUUUAAGCCUGACCACAAAUAAACCUGAACUUGUAAUUUAAGGGAAUAUCAUGUAAGGUUUCUGGAUUACCCUUACUCUUUAAAACCAGACACUGAAGAAAAAUGCUUUUCUAUGUUUUUUAUGUUAAAAAACUGGCAUUGUAUGAUACUGAUAGAAAGAAAUUAACCCGAAACUAUAAACAAAUUACGGCAGACUAUUGCUUAGCAGAAAAUUAGAGGAAUUGUUCACUCAUGUUUUUAGUAAAACUUUGCCUCAUUUUGCAUGUUCUUUAGGAUGCUUUCAACCUGUGUAUAUGAGCAGGGAAACAGGAGAGCACCAGUGAGAAGCUGCACAAAGAAACCACUUGGUUAGAAGUCAGUGAACUGUGAAGACUUCUAUGCCAUGCUAUGUACUACUCACAGGUGAUACUGCAAGAGCCUGUGCUAUCCAAUCUCUUGGCUUUUUUGUUGUGCAAUGCUUUGGGAAUGCAAAUUAGUCUGAGCAGAAACUCUCCCUAAAUAUACACUGAGUAUGUGUGUAAUA